CUACAUCAAAGACGAAGUGAUUUUUGGGAAGCUGCUGGAGUGGGGAGUGGAGCCUGCUUCGCCCAUCAGAAGGAGAUUCCUGCCAGGAGAGGGGAGAGAGAGGAUAGCGGACGGCACACGCAUCCUGAAAGUCCGUUUCAAUGACAAGGUCCGUUCCCUCCCAUAUUCUGCCAGGUUUGAUGUCGAGGGGGGCAUGGAAUACUUCAAAAUAAUGCAUGACAGACAGACACAGGUGUGCAGGCAGUGCCUCAAAUCCACACACAUUUAUAGGGAAUGCCCGGAAAUAGUUUGCCACAGAUGUAAGGGGUUGGGGCACUUUGCAAGGAACUGCGAGAUGGGGAGAGAGAGACACACGGUGGAGGUCGAGCCCGCAGCUGAAGGUAUCACGGGAGCAGAUGGAGGAGAGAAGCAGGAAGCACCGAGAAGUGAUGGGGAAGAGAAGCAGGCGGGAGGAGUAGAAGAGCCCGCUACAGAUGUACAAACAGAGGGUGAGGAAGAGAGUGUGACGGGGUGCUCCAACGAUGAAAAGGAAGUGAUGAGAGAGCUGCAUGGGGAAAACGGAGAUGGGCGGAAGAGCGGUACGGGAGAGGAUGGAGGUGAAGGAGGUGCUGGAGUGAUGGAGGAGAAGGAGGGACCAGCUGAAGACACGUCAAAGGCAAGCAUGAGUAAAAAAAGAAAGAAGAAAAACAAAAUAAAAGAAAGCAAUGCAGGAGAAUAUAAAAAGGAGGACGUUGGAAGUGAAAGCGGAGAUAAUGGAGGAAGAGGAGAAACAGGAAGCGACGAAACAUCGGAGCCUGAUGGGAAGAGGAGCUAUGCUGGGUCUAAGGAGAAAAAUGAAGGAACGCCGGUGGAGGAGCAGUCUGGGAACGUGAAGGUGGAGAAGGGUCCUGAUGACGGUGAACGAGUCUCCAAAGAUGUGAGUGCGGAGGCGGCGAAGACGGCAUUGAGGCAUGAGAAACGACAGAUGGACAUUCUACGGGCCAUGCCAGAUAUGCUGUAAAGCUAAGACGGAAUGUGGCUCAUUUUGAGGGGAAAAUCGUCAGUGUCUGGGACCUGAUGGUGGGGACAAUAAAGAGAGACAUCAGACUUUUGUACAUAUAUAUGAGAAAAGAAGAGUUUACAGAGGAAUAUGUGGAAGGAUGUUCAUUGAUUGAAGAGGAGGAGGGGAAGUUACAUUUUCACUUUGUGAUGCAAUAAAGAAUGUUUUUGUUUUUUGAUGAUGCUGGAUCCUUGUAAAAGGGGAUCCUUGUUGUAAAAAGAAAAUGUGAUAAACUGUAAAUAUGUGAAUUUUGAUAAUAAAAGAUAAAAAAAA